GAAGUGCAUUUUCUGUGCUUCAGCCAAUCACUGUGAUUUCCACUUGGUAAACCUUGAUCAGCUUGUGACUAAAUCUUCCUUUGAGUGGGAAGACAUCAGUUGUGCGAGAGAAGGCUAAGGUACCACAAUGAUCAGAAGACUGCUUUCUUUGAUUCUUCUAAGUACAUUGUCUUUGACCGAAGGGAAUGAGGGUCCUUUCCAGACUUCUAUAACUGUGACUAAACUUGGAGAUAAUGUGACUCUGACAUGUAGUAUCCCUAGGGAUGAUGUUGGGUUGUCUUACUGGUAUAAGCUGAAUUUUGGAUACAUGAUUGAAACAAUUGCCUCAGGAAGUUUUGACAAAAUAUCACGUAAGGGACAAUUUAACAACUCAAAAUUCAGUGCCACAAAAGUGGGUAAUAUCUAUUCUCUUACCAUAAGAAAUGCAAGCAAAGAAGAUGAAGCAACAUACUUAUGCCAAGGAGGAACGGCAUACGUAAUGGAAUUUUUUAAUAGCACGCUUUUAGUAGUGAAUGAUACAAAAACGCAGCAGAAAUCUUUCACCGUGAAACAAACUUCAGACGUGGAGUCAGUACAUUUGGGAGAUACAAUGACUCUGCAGUGUUCACUCCUCUCUGAGAACAAAGAUGACACAGAUCAGUGUCCAGGUGAAGACAAAGUGCACUGGUUUAAAGGUGCAUCAGAAUCCCAUCCAGGCAGCAUUUACCACGGCAGUAUCAGAAAUAAAGAGGACGGGAAAUGUGAUUACAGUCUGUCCAAAACUAUAACAAACUCAUCUGAUGCUGGGACGUACUACUGUGCUGUGGUGACAUGUGGACAGAUCCUGUUUGGUAAAGGAACAGAAGUGAAGAUAGAGGGGUUCCCGCUGGUUACUGUGCUUGUGAUACUGCUGACCUGCUCUGUGGUUGGGAAUAUUGCACUGAUUCUCAUCAGAAAACAAAAACCAGAUUGGAAACACAGCAGAGGAAAAGUUACAGCCUCCAAUCAAUCUCCAGUCAGUCAACAGGAGAGAUCGACUGUGGCUCAACUGAAUAAUGUGGAGGGUGAAGAAGUGGGAGUGAACUAUGCGGCACUUGAUUUUCCCUCAAGAACAGCUAAAAGAUGGAAGAAUAACAGGGAGCUACCGGAUGACACACCAUGUACUCUGGAAUGAGAGACUACUAGUAAAUCUCUCUCCCCUUUGAAGAAUGAAUAUAUAUAUAUAUAUAUAUAUAUAUAUACAUAUAUGUGUGUGUGUGUGUGUGUGUGUGUGUGUGUGUGUGUGUGUGUGUGUGUGUGUGUAUAUAUAUAUAUAUAUAUAUAUAUAUAUAUAUAUAUAUAUAUAUAUAUAUAUAUAUAUAUAUAUAUAUAUAUAUAUAUAUAUAUUGCAUAUUUACUGUGUUAAUAUUAUAUGCAUGCAAUAUUGAUUAA